CAUAUAAAUAUCCUGUCCGGAGCCAGAGCCGCCUCCGGGGCGCGGGCACGGGGGGCGCGGGCACGGGGCGCGGGCACGGGGGGCGCGGGCACGGGGCGCGAGCACGGAGGGCGCGGGCACGGGGGGCGCGGGCAUGGGGGGCGCGGGCCCGCGGCUGCUCCGCGCGCUGCUGCUGCUCCCAGGGCUGUGCGUGGCGUUCAAUGUCGACGUGAGGGACCCGCAGCUGUUCCUGGGGCCACCAGAAGCCCAGUUUGGCUACAAGGUGCUGCAGCGGGUGGACGGCGGGGAGAAGUGGCUGCUGGUGGCGGCGCCGUGGGACGGGGACGGCCAAGGCGACGUCUACAAGUGCCGCGUGGGACCCCCCAACGUCACGUGUGACAAAGCCAACCUCGGGUCCACAACCCCCCUGCUGUCCCCUCCCCACCGCGGCCACCUCGGGAUGACCCUCCUGGACUCCGAGGACGGUGGAUUCGUGGCGUGUGCCCCGCUGUGGUCCCAGACGUGCGGCACCUCCGUGUUCAGCACCGGCGCCUGCGCCCGCCUGGACGGGGACCUGCGCGCGGUGGGGACGAUGGCGCCCACGGCUCAGCGCUGCUCCACCUACAUGGACAUCGUCAUCGUCCUGGACGGCUCCAACAGCAUCUACCCCUGGGUGGAGGUGCAGAACUUCCUCAGCAACGUGCUCAGCAGGUUCUUCAUCGGGCCCGGGCAGAUCCAGGUGGGCGUGCUGCAGUACGGGGAGCACGCGGUGCACGAGUGGGCGCUGGGCCGGUACCGCUCGGCGCAGGAGGUGGUGGAGGCCGCCCGGAACAUCAGCCGGCAGGAGGGACGCGAGACGCGCACGGCCAUGGCCGUCCGCACGGCCUGCACCGAGGCGUUCAGCGCCGAGCGGGGCGGGCGGGCGGACGCCACGCGCCUGAUGAUCGUGGUGACGGACGGGGAGUCGCACGACGGCGAGGAGCUGCCCGGGGCGCUGGCCGAGUGCGACCGGCGCAACGUCACCCGCUACGCCAUCGCGGUGCUGGGCCACUACCUGCGCCGGCAGCAGGACCCCGAGGAUUUCAUCCGCGAGAUCAAGUUCAUCGCCAGUGACCCCGACGAGAAGUAUUUCUUCAACGUGACGGACGAGGCGGCGCUGAACGACAUCGUGGACGCGCUGGGGGACAGGAUCUUCAGCCUGGAAGGCACCCCCGGGCACAACGCGAGCUCCUUCGAGCUGGAGAUGUCCCAGAUCGGCUUCUCCGUCCACCCCCUGGAGGACGGGCUCCUCUUCGGGACCGUGGGCGCCUACGACUGGGAGGGGGCGGUGCUGGAGGAGAGCGGGCGCGGGCGCAUCGUGCCCCCCCGCAGCCAACUGCGCCCCCACUUCCCGCCCCGGCUGAAGAACCACGCGGCCUAUUUGGGUUACACCGUGUCCUCGCUGCGGCUGCCGGGGGGGCAGCGGCUGCUGGUGGCCGGCGCCCCCCGCUUCCAGCACAAGGGCAAGGUCAUCCUCUUCCAGAUGGCCACCACGGGCACCGUGACGGUGGCCCAGGCGCUCACGGGGGAGCAGAUCGGCUCCUACUUCGGCAGUGAGGUUUGUCCCCUGGACGUGGACGGGGACGGUGUCACCGACGUGCUGCUGGUGGCAGCGCCCAUGUACCUGGGGGCGCAGGGCAGGGAGACGGGGCGCGUGUACCUGUACCACGUGGGGCAGCCCAGGGUCCCCAUUGUCCCCCCCGGCCUCGGGUCCGUGCCGCAGCGGCUCCUGUCCCCCGCGGGGACGCUGCACCCCGAGCCGCGGCCGCAGGACUCGCGCUUCGGCUUCGCCAUGGCCGCGCUGCCCGACCUCAACCACGACGGGCUCGGCGACGCCGCCGUGGGGGCCCCGCUGGAGGGGGGGCACCGCGGGGCCCUCUACAUCUUCCACGGCGCCCCGGGGACCCUGCUGCCCCAGUACAAGCAGCGCGUGGAGGCGGCGGCGCUGGCCCCCGCCCUGCGCUACUUCGGGCGCAGCCUGGACGGACGGCGGGACAUGGACGGGGACGGACUGGUGGACGUGGCCGUGGGGGCCCAGGGCGCCGCGGUGCUGCUGCGCUCCCGGCAGAUCGUGCAGGUGAACGUGUCGCUGUCGGUGGAGCCGCCGGCCAUCAGCGUCAUCCAGAGGAACUGUCACCGCGGCGGCUCCGGCGCCGUCUGCCUGCGCGCCAGGAUCUGCUUCCGCGCCACCACCCGCGCCCGGGGACAGCGGGACAGGGACAUCGCGCUGCGGUUCAACGUGUCCCUGGAGGAGGGGACACCGGGACCCCGCGCCGCCUUCGACUCGGGCGCGCGGCGCCUGCUGCGGCGUCACCUGGAGCUGCCGCUGGGCCGGCAGAGCUGCCAGCGCGUCCCCUUCCACGUGCUGGACACCUCGGAUUAUCUGCGUCCCCUCGGCGUCACCGUCACCUUGGCCAUGGCCGAGGACACCGAGCCGGUGCUGGACGAGGCGUCACCAACCACCAUCCGCAAACUGGUCCCCUUCUUCAAGGACUGUGGUGAGGACAACGAGUGUGUCACCGACCUGGCGCUCAGGGCCACCAUGGACAUCACCGGCUCCAGGCAGAGCCCCCACGUGCUGCGCCGGGGCCGCAGGAAGGUGACGGUGACGGCGUCGCUGGAGAACCGGGAGGAGAACGCGUACAACGCCAGCCUGCGCCUGGCCCUGUCCCCAAACCUGCUGCUCGCCAGCCUCGCCGCCCGGGACCCCGGCGCGGUGAAGCUGGAGUGCGCGGCGCUGCCCGGUCACCGGCGCCUCUGCAGUGUGGGGCACCCCGUGUUCCGCUCCAUGGCCAAGGUCUCCUUCACCCUGGAGCUGGAGUUCAGCUGCUCCGUCCUGCUCGACCGCGCCGAGGUCACCCUCGAGGCCACCAGCGACGGCACCGAGGUGACACCGGAGGACAACGUGGUCCGGCUCUCCGUCCCCAUCCGCUACGAGCCCGAGCUCUUCCUCGCCAGCGAUGCCACCCUGCGCCGCUACGAGGUGCAGCCCCCCGGCACCUUCCCCCACGGCCCCGGCCCCGAGUUCAAGACGACGGUGACGGUGCAGAACUUGGGGUGCUACCCGGUGCGGAACGUCACCCUGCGCAUGGCGCUGCCGGCCCUGGGCUUCGGCCGCGUCCCCUUCCUCUCGGUCACCCGCGUCCUGGCCGACAACGCCACCUGCACCCUGCGGCCGCCCCCUGAGGACAGGGGGAGCGUGGUCCCCGUGCACCCCCAGGACCUUCUGCGCGUGGACCGGCUGGACUGCGGCAACGCCUGGUGCCAGGAGCUGAGCUGCCGGCUGGGCCGGCUGGAGCGCGGCGGGGGGGCCUCGGUGCAGCUCCUGCGCUCCAUCCACACCGAGUUCUUCCACGGGGCGAAGUUCAAGAGCGUGCGGGUGGUCAGCAGCGCCUGGCUGGGCGCCCCGGGCAGCCGCGUGCUGGCGCUGGAGGAGGGGGCGCAGCGCAGGGAGGUGGUGCUGGAGAUCAUCCGGGCCAGGCGGGUGCCCGUGUCGCUCUGGAUCCUGGUGGGGAGCGUCCUGGGGGGGCUGCUGCUCCUCGGCCUCAUCAUCUUCUGCCUCUGGAAGCUCGGCUUCUUCACCCGCAAGAAGCUGCCGGAGGAGGAGGAGGAGGAAGAGCAAUGAGGGCCGGGGGGGCCCCGGCGCUGCCAGGGGGGACCCGCGGGGGCUCGGGCCCCUGUGCCCCCCAACGCCUCUGGAUUGUGCUGGUCGGGGACGCAGCAACGUGAGGUUGGGGGGUGCAGGACCCCCAGAGCGGGACCCCCAGUGUGGGACCCCCAGAGUGGGACCCCCAGAGCAGGACCCUUCACGUGGGACCCCCCCAGCGGGACCCCCAGCACUGGGGGGCGCGGAGGUGGGAAAACGGGGCGAGACCAGCGGCUCCAUCAAUAAAACUCGUUUGGUGUGGAAA